AUGGAGAAUCCCCUCCCCACACUCCUCCCCCUCCUCCUCCUCCUCCUCAUAAUCUCCGAUCAAACUCAAAUCCUCUCCGUCGCCGCCUCAACACUCCCCCGCAAGUCCUCUGCCGGAAUCAGAACUAAUACAGAGUAUGUCAGAACCUCCUGCAGUACUACUUCAUACCCUCGUCUCUGCUACAAUUCACUCUCGGUUUACGCCGGGAAGAUCAAGACCAACCCCAAGACGCUGGCUCUCGCCGCCCUCCACGUUAACCUCGCCGCCGCCCGAUCCUCAGCUGCAUCAAUGAGAAGGCUGGCGAAAACCCGCGGCCUGCGGCGGAGAGACGCAUCGGCGAUCUCUGAUUGUGUGGAGGAGGUUGGAGAUUCGGUUUUUGAGCUACAGAGAGCGAUUCGGGAACUGGGACGGCCUCGAGGGUAUGAUUUUAUGGGGUUGAUCAGUGACAUUGAGACGUGGGUUAGCUCUGCUCUGACGGACGAAGAGACGUGUAUGGAAGGAUUUGGGGGACGGCGUGUUAAUGGAGUUAGUGUUAAGGCCAAAGUUCGAAGACACAUUGUUAGAGUUGCGCAUUUGACGAGUAAUUCACUUGCUCUUAUCAAUAGCUAUGCUUCGUCGGCCGCGGUGGAAGAAGGCGUCUUGCCCUAG